CUGUCAUUUGGAGUAACACCAGGCAGAGAGGGGUGCUGAGACACACGAUAGUCGGGAUAACAUUCCUUCAGCGUCAACUUUUUUAGGUUUCCAGACUCGGAUAAACUCCUGACACAUUUUAAAGACUAGUUAGCGCGAGCCAAUCAUCUGCAUGACAAAAGGACCAAAACUUUGCUACAAAUUCAGCGCACUAACCGACAAGCUGAAGCUGCGCACUACACCAACACUUUAACUGUUGAGAGACUGUGCAGCUCAAGAAGUUUAAUUAAUGACUUAAGUUUAGCUAAUGAAUGUCUGGGGAGGAAUUUAUUCGCGUAUCUUGCAGUACCACAUAGUUAGGUUCAGUCAUGUCAGUAUCACCUGUGCACUCAGCUCGGGUCAACACCUCCUCCUCCUCCUCCUCCUCCUCCUCCUCCUCCUCCUCAGCAGCAGCAGCAUCAUCAUCCUCCGCCGGCAACACGAGCCGGUUGCAGCCCAUUCGCGCCACGGUGCCCUACCAGCUCCUGCGUGGAAACCAGCAGCACAGCCCGACCCGCCCUCCCGCGUCCUCCUCCUCCUCCUCCUCCUCCAUCUCAGUCGGAAGCAACACAGAACCGACAGCAUCAGCCCAGCACAGCAGCUCCAGUCCCGGCAGCCCGACGCUCGCCAGCCCGGCAGGAAGCGGCUCGCUGGACGCUCGGCUGAUCCCGCGGCAGAGGCGCUCUCCACCGGAGCACAGGAGCUCACCCGAGCGCUGCCCUCAUUCACCUGUCCUUAGAGUUGAAAGGUCAAAGUCACAACAGGUGCGGAGCACAGGUGCUAUUAGACGGACUUGCUCUCUGGGUGCUAUCACCGGGCCUUACCUGAUAGGGCAGUGGCCACGUGAAUCCCACCUGCACAACCCCUCAUGCAUGAAAGACAAGUCCACACAGACUCCUGGAUGUUGGAGUGACGAGAGCGAAGAGAAAGGGAGCACACACCAGCGCUCGGCGUCCUGGGGCAGCUCUGACCAUCUUAAAGAGAUCGCUAAGCUCAGGCUCCAGCUUCAGCGCAGUAAGCAGUGUGGAGGCCAGCAGUGUAAGGACAGUAAAGAGCAUCUCCCCCCCCUCCCCUGCUGCAGCAGCACCACCACCAUUACUGCCACUACCAUCAGCACAGCUCCGUCGUCCAUGUCGAAGUCAGCACAGAUGCCACUGUCCAACAUCACAGUGCCAAAGCCCUCCAUCUCCAGGGUUCCCAGCAGCAUGGAGGGCAUCAACCAUGAGCUGGAGAAAGUCUUCAUCAAAGACAACGGAGAGAAAGAGGAGCUCAAGGCGCUGGAGGUUCCUGACGGGCGACGGGCUCCGUUUCCUCCUCAGCAGCGCAGCAGCAGCAGUCGUGGUAUAGACACUCAGACGUCAUCAGUGCCUGGACGCUCCAGCAGCUGCUCGAGCCUGUCGCCCUGCCCCUCGCCCGCAUGCCCGCCCCGCUCACAUGACGGCAGCCCUUACUCCACCGACGAGAUGCUGGACGACAGAGACAAAGACAGCGGCAGCAGUUCUCCUCUGCCUAAAUUCACCUCGUCCCCAAAACCCAACAACAGCUACAUGUUCAAACGGGAGCCUCCAGAGGGCUGUGAGAAGAUCAAAGUGUUUGAGGAAAUGACGUCCAGACAGUCAGCCACCGUCCCCCUUUUCUCCUGCCCUGACAAAAACAAGGUCAACUUCAUCCCCACCGGCUCUGCGUUCUGCCCUGUCAAGCUCCCGGGAUCCCUCCUCCAGCCGAAAGAGGAGAGCCAGGCCGGCCCCAGCGGCUCACACCACCACCAUCACCACAUGCCCACUCAGGUCUCCACCAGCACGAGCACAGACGACCCUCCCGAAUCCCCCUCCGAACAGCAGGAGGCGCCCUCAGAAUCGGCCUCCCAGCCUCAGAACUUUCAAGUCAGCUAAACGCGGCAGAGCUGGUCUCGGUCGCUCCGCUCCGCUCCUGUGUAGAGGACCGUUCGUUCCCCGUCCCAAACUUCCUCUUCUCUCUCUGAUGGACCCCACCUUUGUGCUGAAUCUUUACUAUCUGCAUGGCAUAGCAACUGUGGCCCGAACGAGAAUCGCAAAUGCAAACGCAGCCGAGGGGUUUGAGUAUGGUGUCUGGAUGGGGACGGCAUCUGAAGAAUGCGUUUUGGGAAAAGGACCUUAGAAUAUGCAAAUCAAAAAUUCAAAUGGCUUCACUGUCAUCUUGACAAAUGAGUGAGCGUCUCACACGGAAAUCAUAUUUAUUAAAUUUGCCUAUUGAUAAGUGCAGUCACAUUCCAGAAAUUUCCAUUUUGAUUUUUUUAGUGUAAGAUGUGGAUGUGUUCGCAAGUACUUUUCCAUCUGAUUUGAUUCCGCGUUGAUCCCGAGCAACUGCACAGCUGUUUUCAAACGCAGCUUUGCUUUCAUGUGUGCUUAAAAUUUAAGCAAAGUGGCAAUUGUAUGAGCACUAUAAUCAGCGAGUUGUCGCCUUUGAAAACACCGCCGAUUUACAAGGAGAAAGACGACUGACGCUUUCAGGAAGGUCUUAAUAGUGUCAGGGCAUGCAUUUGAAACUGAUCGUAUGUUUAACAUUAAUUAUGUGUCGUGUUCUCUUUCAACAUCCACAGUAUGAAUAAGCUCUCUCUCUAUCGAUAUAUCUAUAUAUGAGAAAUCUAUAUAUAAAGAAAUAAGCUUGUUUGAAUUUAAAACCGUGUAUUGCUGUGUUAUGUACAUUAUGGGAAAUGAGCUGCACUCCACGGUUGACGACUGUCCAGGUUUCCUACCUUCUGACGAUGAUGCAGAAAGAGAAAAACACAGAAAAAGUACUAAAGGUUUUGUUUUCACACCUUGUUGCACGGUGUCCGCCUGUGGCCUCGCUUCUGGUGCAUCACAAGCGGUUAACACUCAGGUAAAUCUCACAUUCAGAUCCGUCCCAUCACAUUCCAUGUUGAGAGGAUUGGGUCGGACACACUGUGUGUUGAAAACAUUAGACAACCCUCAUGAAUCAGACGUGCAUCAUCACAGUCACUAUAUGACAUACAUUCAGAUUUAAUAUGACAAACAACAGCCCAGAUCACAGGUUUGAGGAGAAGCAUUUUCUAAUGGCAUGUAAAAAAAAAAAAAAGAUUUUGAUAAUAAGAUUGUAACUUAUUAAAUGAAAUCCUAUUUAUUUACACCUAUUACUUUUAAACAUUUAAUUUCUUCAUUUAAUAAGUAUUAUUGUGACAUUACAACUUUAUUCUCUUAAUCUUCUCAAUUUUUUUUUUUUUUUACUUUAACAUGCUACUAGGACAUGCUGCUGGUGAUUAGUCUAAAAUAAAAGGCUGAAUUCACGAAGAAAUGUCUUGCUAAAAUAAAGAAUGCGUAAUGGAAUGAAGGGUAUUUUAAGGGCCAUUAAAAUAGUCUCUUUUUUGGCAUUGUGACAUUUUCUGAAUGAAUUGUAAUUGUAUUAAAUAGUAUUAAUUCAUUAAAAUCGUCAGAAAUUAAAAUGAUUCAUUACAACAAAUGCACUAAAUAAACAAUGUAUCAAUAAUUAGUUACCGAAAAAGUCAUAUUACAUGAAUGAAAAUAAUAUUUUCCACAUUAUGGUAUUAAAAAUUUGAGGAUUCAUGAACUAAAUCAUCAAAUAUGUCACAAUGCAAAAUAUAUAAUGGGCAUAAAACACUAAAAAUGAUCGCUGUGAUUAGUUAUCAUAAAAUUAAAAUUCAACAGAAUCAGUAAUAUGUUUUUUCUUGACUUGAAAUGAUAAGUUAUGUUGAGUUAACUUUAGUUAUAGUUAGAGAUUUGUUAAUUUAAUAUAAUAAGCUGUUAGGACUAAUUGCAGCAGCAUUUUUUAUGUUGAACCAAUUUUUAUUUUAUUUGAGCCUUUUUUGGGGGGAAAAAUGAAAUUGAAAUGUAGGUGAGAUUCACCUAAAAGCAUGGUUUUAUACAAGCAGGAUAUCUUUCAGUCAUAAAACACCAAGCCAAUAAUAAUAUUUAAAUCAGUCUAUGCCCAUACAGAGUGUAUCCGUUCACAUUAUCAUACAAGUUUAUAUGUACAUCGGCUGUUGUGACGACAUAAGCAUGCAUUUCUGAUUUCACUGAUUAUGAAAAAUAAUAAUCAACUUUUUGUCCAGGAACAAAUGACAGGCAAGCAUGAUUUGUCAGUGCAGGCUUUCCUUGUCUCAAAGCAGAAUUUUUAUAUGGUCAAACAAUGAAAUGUGCUUUUGCAAUCAAUAGAAAGAUAUUGAUUUAUUCAUCUCAUAAGAUCAUUCAUUGACACCCAACAUAAUCAUACAUGAUAAAUAUGAAAGGCUUUAAAAGUAACAAUGCAACCUUUUAUGCUGCACCUUAUAUCAAAAGACCAAGUAGUUAAGUCAAAGAUGAAGCUCAUUUUGGUAAGUGAAGGGUUUGCAAUAAUCAUACUCUUGUUUUAAAUGCUUGAAUAUCUGCACCAUUUCAUCUCCAUUCCAUGCAUGUGUGAUUCUGGAGCGGAAUCGGCACACAGCACUAAAGCCAUCGACUGCUAUCAAAACCAGCACUGCAGUGUAAGAGCACAUUGCUGGCCAUCGCGGGAGAUGUGUUUGUAGAUCAGGUGAAUAUGUCACGCUGACCUGCUGUCUGUUCACACACAAUGGCAAUAAAGCAUUUUGUUGUUGUGACUGUACAAACCAGAUAUGUGUGUGAAUGGAGGACAUCAUUUGAUUUGAAGGGGAAAAAUAUUGACAGGACGAAAGAACAAAACUGUUUUGGAAGCAUAUCACGCUGGGUUGUUUCAACCCAACCUUGGGGCAAAUAUGGACUAACCCCACCUUUGGGUUAUUUAAAAAUUUAGCCCAACAGCUGGGUUGGUCCCAAAGUUGGAUUGAAACAACCCAGCAUUUUUUAGAGUGUGAUAACUCUUUGCCAAUUCUCACGUCAAGAAAAUGAUUUUUUAAGCCUUGUAGCUUGAAUUGUUUUCCUGUGGGACAGACUGCGGAGCUUGCAUAAGGUUAUAGGCCCACUGUCCAUGUCUGCUGACUGUAUACAAAUGACAGUAUCAAAAGCCACACUUUCAACUUUUAGCCUCAAGCGGCUAAUUGUUUCUUUGUUUUAAUAAUAGGAACCUUGUGUUUUAUUUAAAUAAAAUAAACAUACGAAUUCAAA